AUGAACGUCAACGCCCCCUCAGACCGCCUCAUCAACCUCCCGUUCAUCCGCACCCAUGUCGAACUCCCGGGUAUCGAGCACAACCCCGAAAAGGGCCGCAAGGAGCUUCGCCUGCCUGGAAUAGGUUUCAUGCCCAACAAGUUCCGUAACCACUUCAUCGCCAUGAUGGGAGAAUUCGUUGGGACAUUUCUCUUCUUGUUCUUCGCUUUCGCCGCCACGCAGGUUGCAAAUACUGCUGCCGCGGCCCAAGAUGUCGGCAAUCAAGGCGCUGGUAAUGCAUCAGGGGCAGGCGGUCUGAGCCAGGCGCCUAACGCUUCCACUCUGCUGUAUAUCAGUCUUGCCUUUGGGUUCAGUUUGGCGGUCAAUGCCUGGGUGUUUUUCCGCAUCACUGGGGGUCUCUUCAACCCCGCUGUCACGCUCGCCCUGGCUUUGAUCGGAGCAGUCAACUGGGGCCGCGCUGGUCUGGUCUUCAUUGCGCAGAUUCUUGGAUCCAUGGCUGCUUCUGGCGUUGUCUUGUGUCUGUAUCCUGGCGCCAUGAAUGUCUCCACGACCCUUGGUGGCAACACUUCGAUUGCACAAGGACUAUUCAUCGAGAUGUUCCUCACUGCCAUGCUGGUCUUCACGAUCCUGAUGCUGGCCGCUGAGAAGCACAAAGGCACUUUCUUGGCUCCUGUUGGUAUCGGCCUGGCUUUGUUCGUUUGCGAGUUGGCUGGCGUUUACUUCACUGGAGGCUCCUUGAACCCAGCACGUAGUUUCGGCCCUUGUGUCGCCCUCCGCGUUUUCACCCACUACCACUGGAUCUACUGGCUCGGCCCCAUCCUGGGCUCCCUUCUCGCCGUAGGCUUCUACCGCUUCAUCAAAGUCCUGGAGUACGAGACCGCCAACCCGGGCCAGGACUUCAACGAGAAGGAAGCCGAAGCCUUCGAGUUCGACGAGGAUACUGCAGCCACUGGAGCCGACGUGAGUAGACCAGUCGCUGCACCCAUUGCGGAAUCACCACAAUCGCAAUCGCAACCCAGCCAAACAGCUCUUAACGAUGCAUCAUUAUUAUCUCCCCCUCAAACCUCCGUCACCACCUCAUCAGACGAACCUGAAAUCUCACCCCUUUCAAAGAGCAGGUCCAUGCCGCCCGAUGUCCAGCGUAAUCGCCCCACUAGCAGUAGCAGCCAGACUGCCAGCGGCCUCCCAGUCCCAGGCAACAUCAUCAAGCCUUCGACUACCACUGGUGCCGUCAACGGCGAUAAGCACGACUCGGCUUUCCGUAAUGGGCCUGCAGCUGAGGCGGGUGGUGUGCAGGGUGGUACUUAUCGUGUCCCCGGUCAAAAGACAGCAGACGCAACUCAAACCGCAAAACAAGCCAUCGUCGGCUCCGGCGCCGGCCCUCAACUUGAGCGCUCCGCGCUGAGUCCCGUACCUGCUGUCAAGGGCACUGCUGUCAGUCCGCAAGGAGUUGGUGGGAAGGAUGCGAUUUUGGACGAUCAGGAUAGUCGCGAUGAGUAG